GACUCAAACUUAUAAUAAAUUUAAACAUUAAUUAACUAAAAGUGCGUAUAUUGUUUCUCAUGUCUUUUUAAAUACAGUCCACACCUAACCGAAACAUUUUGGUCCAUCGAUCCGGAUGAGCAACCAGUCAUUGCCAUAAAAAAAAAACAGUAUAUGCAUACCUGUGUCGAAGCAGUAACACGUGUAAAUUUAUAGCUUUAACCCAUAAAAGUGACUAAAUGCCGUGUAAUAUUUCAAACAAGUGAAACUUAAUUUUAUUAAAUUACAUUUAAAUAUCAAUAUAAUAUACAAACAGCAACACGAGUAAAUUUAUAGCUUUAACAAAUAAAAGUGACUAAAUGCCGUGUAUUAUUUAAUCAAGUGGAACUUAAUUUUAUUAAAUUAAAUUUAAAUAUCAAUAUAUACAAAUGCUGAUCAAAGGUCUCAGUAAAGCUGUCAAUAAGAACAAAAAUCAAAAUUACAGUAUGUAUAUUCGGGUGAGAUCUUUCUAAAUUGUUAUAAUUUUAUAUUAAUAUAUAGUUAAUUUAAGUAUAUAAGUCUGAAAUCCCACAAAACAAGUGUGACGAUAACACCAGACUUAAAAUUGCAAUUGUUAGGAUUUCCCAAGCAAUACAAUUAUCAAAGGAAAGGUAACCAACGUCAAUGUUGUAAUUUAUUACCUUCUAAGGAUAAGAAAAUAUGGCAGAGCUUAGUAGAUUGAUUAGUCGUCGCGGCCAGGUAAAAGGUCAAAUAACAAGGUGUGUCACAUUCUUAAAAACACCACUUGACAACGUAAAUGUUAACAUGGUAAUAGGAAGAAAAGAAAAGCUAGAAGAAUCUUGGCAAGAUUUUCGUCAAAUACAGGCGGCAAUUAUUGAAAUAGAAAAUAGUCAAGAACACACGGAGUAUGAAUAUGAGGUAGAAAACCUAUAUUUCGAAGCAUUAACAUUGGCCACGACCUUUAUCAACAAUAAACAAUACAAUGCAAGACAGAAUACAAGUCAACUACAAUUGGAUAAUGGCGAGCGUCAAAGCUCACAUCAAUCCGCAGAGACUUCAGUGUCACAACAACCGUCAUCAAUAGUAAAAUUAGCGCCGUUAAACGUACCAGUAUUUUCGGGAAACUACGAAAAUUGGACGUCAUUUCAUGAUAUGUUUAUAGCUCUUAUACAUACUAAUACAUCAUUAAUGAACGUUCAAAAAUUCUUUUACUUGAGGUCAUCACUUGAAGGAAAUGCUCUUCAAGUAAUCAAGUCACUAGAAACGACAUCCGAGAACUAUGAAACGGCAAGGAAAACAUUAGUAGAUAGAUUUAGAAAUAAACGAUUUUUAAUUCAAAACCAUAUAAAAUCUAUGUUCGAUUUAGAGCCGGUGUACAAAGAGUCGGCACUAAAACUACGGCAAUUAAUAGAUUCGAUACGCGGUCACAUUAAAGCGCUCGAGUCACUGGGUCAAGAACCAAAAACUUGGGGAUGUUUAUUAAUACAUGUUAUUGUCAUAAAAUUAGAUGCAUUUACAACCAAAGAAUGGGAGACCCAGAUUAGCGAAACAAAUGAUGUACCUGUGGUUGAGCGAUUAUUAAAAUUUCUAGAAAAACGAGUACGCGUAUUAGAAGCAGUAGAAGCAUCAAAACAUAUUAAUGGUCGUCAACAACAAUUAAAAAAAUCUACGUCAAUAUUUACGGCAGCGACAAUGAUAGCAAAAUGUUAUGUAUGUAAGCUAAGUCACGCAACCUAUAAGUGUCCAACACUUUUAGCAUUAUCAAUUUCUGAUAGAAUUAAACGUGUAACUGAGUUAAAAUUAUGCAAAAUUUGUUUAAAACAACAUUAUAAUAAAAAAUGUAAUAUGCGUAAUUGUCCUAAGUGUAAUAAAUCACACAACUCAUUAUUGCAUAUCACUUUUAAUUCAAACACAGAAACUACUAACGACACUGCAGAAAUCAAUAAUAGCGAUAACAAAGACAACAAUAACGAACCGUGUACAACAAUUAGUGCUCAUGCGUCUCAGAUAAGUCAUGGUCAAAUUUUGUUAUCGACGGCUGUAGUACGUGUUGUCAAUAAAGCUGGUGUUAGUAUUUUAUGUCGAGCAUUAUUAGAUUCCGGAUCGGAAAAUAAUUUUAUACGUGAAGAAAUUGCCCAAAGCUUAGGCAUAAAGCGGACACCUAUUAACUGCUCGGUAAUCGGUAUAGAAGGAUCUAAGCACGUAGCUACCUCUUCUAUUAUUAUACAUUUAAAAUCACGCGUAUCAGAUUAUCAAACAGACGUUGAAUGUAUUGUUUUACCAAAACUUACAAAUAAUAUUCCAGUAACACCUAUUAACCCAUCAUCAUUAAUUAUUCCUGAUAUUGAAUUUGCCGAUCCGUCAUUUGCCACACCACAAAGAAUUGAUAUAAUUAUCGGUGCCUGUUUGUUUUAUGAAAUAAUUUGUAAUCAACAACAGCGACCGUCAAUUAAUGGUCCUAUAUAUCAGAAAACAAAAUUAGGAUGGGUAGUGUCUGGACAAGUGAACAAAAAUAUAUCAAAUAAAAAUUGUGUCUCAUUAUUUUCAUCAAGCGUGCAAAUAAACAAAACAAUUGAAGAACAGAUUGCAAGAUUCUGGCGCCUUGAGGAAUGUUACACACAAGAUACUUACACGCUUGAAGAAAAGAUGUGUCGUAGUCAUUUCGAAAACACAACAACUCGCGGUCCUGAUGGUAGAUUUAUUGUACAAUUACCAUUUAGAGACUCCUCGGUAAAUUUAAGUGACUCAUAUACCACAGCAUUACGCCGGUUCUUUGCACUAGAAAAACGACUAAGUUCAAACCCUCAGCUUAAAUCUGAUUAUACGAAAUUUAUGCGAGAGUACUUAGAUUUAGGACAUAUGGAAGUUAUUGAAAAUAUCGAUAUUAACAAAGAUCAAAAUUAUUUUUUACCACACCAUGCUGUAGUGAAAGAAAGCAGUUUAACCACUAAGCUACGUGUUGUUUUCGACGGAUCCUGUAAAACUACCUCAGGAUUAAAUCUUAAUGAUGUCCUAUUAAAAGGCCCAAAUAUACAGCAAGAAUUAGUUUGCAUACUAGCUAGAUUUCGUACUCAUCAUUACGCGUUAUCAGCUGACAUAACGAAAAUGAACAGGCAAAUAUGGAUCGAAUCGAAGCAUAGGCGUUAUCAAAUGAUAAUCUGGAGCGAAGAAGUUAACCAGCCAAUUAAGAUUUAUCAACUUAAGACUGUUACCUAUGGUACGACCCCGGCGUCAUAUUUAUCAACUGCGUGUUUAACGAAGUUAGCAGACCAAGAAAUACACACGUAUUCAGUAGCAUGCAGUGCUAUCAAAACAGAUUAUUGCGUAGAUGAUUAUCUUGGAGGUGCGAGAACUAUAUCAGAUGCCAUAUUAUUACGCGACCAAUUAAUAAAUGUACUAAAACGUGCGGGUUUUGAAUUAAGGAAGUGGGCGUCAAAUGAACCUGAACUAUUAUCUAACAUACCCAAUACCGAUAAUGUUUCUAUGCAGGUACUCGAUAAUGAAUACGAUUCCGUAAUAAAGUUACUGGGUUUAUAUUGGAACACGUCAUUGGAUGUCUUUCAAUAUAAGGUCAAUGAACUUCCGGAAGAUAAUACACUUAUUACCAAACGAAAUGUAUUAUCAACAAUAGCAACUAUAUUUGAUCCACUAGGUCUUAUCGGUCCGGUAGUUAUGCAUGCGAAAUUAAUUAUGCAAUCAUUAUGGCAAUUACACUUAAAUUGGGAUGAAUCAUUACCCGAAACGUAUGCGAGUGAUUGGAUUAAUUUCAAAUCAAAUUUGCAACACGUAAAUCAAUUAAAAAUACCUCGUAAGAUUAUUAAAUACAAAGAUGUUGUUAGCAUCCAAGUUCAUGGUUUUGCUGAUGCGUCAGUUAAGGCUUACGGAGCAUGUAUUUAUAUAAGAUCAGUUUCAAGCACGGGCGAGUGUGAUGUUCAAUUAUUAUGCGCUAAAUCCAGAGUAGCGCCUCUAAAGGUAAUCUCACUGCCUCGGCUGGAAUUAUGUGCUGUCUUAUUAUUAGCUCGUUUAGCAAACAAAUUUAUUCCGAAACUUAAUAUUGACGUUGAUAGAAAAUAUUAUUGGACAGACUCUUCUAUUGCUCUUUCUUGGAUAUCAUCACCAUCAACUAAAUGGAAUACUUUUGUAUCUCAUCGUGUUGGAGAAAUCCAAGACCUCACAAAUAUAUCAGAAUGGGGGCAUGUAGCAACGUUAUUUAAUCCAGCUGAUAUAUUAUCACGAGGUUGCACACCGCAACAAUUAUGUGAUGACAUUUUAUGGUGGAAUGGGCCUGGCUGGCUAAAAUCGAAAUCAACUGAUUGGCCGACAUUUGACCGCACAAAUUUUGCUGCAACAAAUAUACCUGAGCAAAGGAGAAUGAUUACGGCAUUACCAUCCGUAACAUAUUACGACAAUUUUAUAAUUAAUAGAUUUUCGUCGCUAUCCAAAUUAAUCAGAGUCGUUGCGCUCAUUUAUCGAUUUAUCCACAAUGUAAAAUUACACAUAUUUGACAGAAACACGGCUAUCGACAGAAAAUUAUCUGGCGUAAUAUCAGCAGAAGAAUAUGCGAAGGCUCGCAUUGUCUUAAUUAAAAUAGUGCAGUUACAAUGCUGGUCACACGAAAUACAAUGUAUACGAGAUAAAACACCGAUACCGCGUAAAAGUAAUCUUUGUCAAUUACGGCCAUAUAUUGAUGAAACCGGUAUUCUACGGGUAGGUGGUCGAUUAAGAAAUGCUAUCGCAUUAAAUAUAUUUCAACGUAAUCCUAUAUUAUUACCACAUCGUAGUGUAUUUACCAAAUUAAUAUUUGAAAACGAACAUCGUAAGAUUAUGCAUGGCGGACCUCAAGCUCUGUUAGCCGCUGUUCGUUCUACAUAUUGGCCUAUAAACGGCAGACAUAUCGCUCGGAGUAUUGUACACAAAUGCAUACCAUGUUUUAAGUUAAAACCCGUCGUAUUUCAGCCUAUUAUGGGUGAUUUACCUAAAGAUCGCGUAACUCCGAGUCGCCCUUUCUCAAAAUGUGGUAUAGAUUAUGCAGGUCCUAUAAUGAUUAAAAGUGGUCUACGACGUAAUUCUCCACUUGUUAAAGGCUACAUAUGUGUUUUUGUUUGUUUUGCAACAAAGGCUGUUCACAUUGAAUUAGUCUGCGAUCUUACAACAGAGUCGUUCUUAAACGCAUUGCGUAGAUUUGUAAGUCGCCGAGGAAUUGUAUCCGAUAUUUAUUCCGACAACGCUACGAAUUUUGUUGGCGCUAAUCGUCGUUUACUUGAAAUUCAUGAUUUACUUUAUUCUGAGAAAAAUCGAUCGAUGUUAAAUAGUGCCACAGCCGAUAUUGGAAUAAAAUGGCAUUUUAUACCACCACGUUCACCUAAUUUUGGCGGUUUAUGGGAGGCUUCUAUUAAAUCAAUCAAAUAUCAUCUUUAUCGAACGUUAGGCAAUGCAUCCUUAACUUAUGAAGAAUUAAACACUAUUUUAAUACGAAUUGAAGCAUGUUUAAAUUCGAGGCCAAUAACACCCCUCUCAACAGAUCCCUCAGACUUAUCCUAUCUUACUCCGGGACAUUUCUUAAUUGGAGACUCUCUUAUCGCUAUUCCUGAACCAGAUUUAAAUAAUACACCUAUGAAUCGCUUAAAUAGAUGGCAACAAAUUUCACGCUUGACGCAACAAAUAUGGUCACAUUGGUCAAAACAAUAUUUGAAUCAACUUCAGGAAAUUAAAAAAUGGAAGCAGAACAAGGGCAGGUCAAUCAAAGUGGGCACAGUAGUUAUUAUACGUGAAGAUAAUUUACCUCCACUUCAAUGGCGUAUGGCAAGAGUUAAAGAAGUACAUCAGGGGAGUGAUGGUGAAAUCAGAGUGGCUACUGUAGCAGGUCAAGGUUGGGAAUGUAAAAGAAGCAUCCGCAAAUUAUGUCCAUUACCUUUUGACGAUAAUUAA